GAUUAUUGUUACUUAAUUAUAUAAACAUAUUAAAAUUGCAUGUACAAAACUGAAACUUAUUUUUUUUACUAAAUAUGAAUUUCCAGAUACUUUCCUAUUAUUGCAAGGUCAAUUUAUCAAUUUAUAUAUUAUUUGUUCGAUAAAUAAAACAAUGGCAUAAUAAAAUUGUAUUAUAGCAAUCAUCAUUUAUAUUAAAAAAAUGUAAUAAUAUUUUGUAUGUAGUGUAAUAGCUGGGUAAUAUAGAAACUAAUAAGUUCGUCAGAUAGAUUUACGAAACAUAUCAAGUACCUACGAAAUUAUUAAAAGAAAAACUGGAAACUACACUUACUUGAAAUGUCAUAUCCCCUUGCCUUUCCCAUGAGGGAUAAAUAAAAAUAAGAAAAAUUGAAAUCUCAUGUGACGUCAGUUGUCUCACACACCUAUUACAGACAAGUAACGUAAUUAGCCCCCAUUUCUACACGUCUCACCAUCUUUGACGUGUUAAAUGUUAUUAAUUAUAUUGAUUUAAUUAAAUAAAAAUACUACCAUGUUCAUGACCAAUGUUUUUUUAAAUCUAUCUGACGGUCUAUGUUUUUGAGAGUUAUGACAUACUCUAUUAAGACUAGUGGGUACUACUAUAAUAGUAUAAUAAUGUUUAUUAUUUAAAUUGUAAAUACCCUAUAAUUUGUGAUCUUCCCUCGUGUGAUAAGUUACAGGUAAGGAAACGAAUUAUUGUGAAAUUUUUUUGAUAAAACCAUCACCCAUAGGCGGUAAAGAAAAAAACAGAGUUAAGACACACCUGGGAAUUUGUCAAGGAAGUUUAAAGCCACGUUUAAACCCUGACAAGACCAAAAAUUAAUAAAAUGAUUUUCAUGUGUGUUUUUUUUGGAAGAUACUAAUAUAGAGAUGAAAAUGUGUGAAAUUGUUAAGAAAAUGAUCUUAAAAAAGUACUUAUAAACAAUCUGUUGUAUUUUUUUAUAAAUCUAGACGUUUUUUUGCCCGAUUGCGAUUAAUUUAUUAAAAACUUUAUGUUAUAAAACCUUAUAUAAAGUUAAACCUAAUAAAAAGUUUUAGCAACAUUUUAUAACUUCUAUACUUAUUAUUGACAUAUUAACAGUAAUUAUCUUCUUUCAGUUACUAUUAACUCAAAAUGCGUAGAUAGAAGGUACAUAUUAAUAACAUUACUAUGCAUUUAAUUCAAAUUUUGAACACUACGUCAUAUCCCGUACAAGGUACAUAAAUGAACCAAUUAUAAGUAAGUCUAGGUUUAAGGCACAUUAAGGUUUUUACCACGUUGGCUGAAGAUAUGCUACUUCAGCUGAUUCCAAAGUAAAAAAAAAACAAUAACAUAUUCCUAUGUAGAUCUAGCUUUACUUUAUAGAUACAGAUUUAAAUAUUUACAUUAAUACAGCUUCAUAAAUCGUGUUUUACUAACUCCUAGUUGUGAAUUUAAUAUAAUACGGGUUUUUAUUUUACUCAAAUGCUUAUUGAAUAAAUUAUUUCUGACGAUCAUGUUUUUAUUUUUAAUUACGUUACUCUGCAAUUUUGACAUUUACCUAAUUAGCUCGAAACAAUUACCUAACUAGUUGAUUAAAAAACAACAAGUACCUUCGGUUGUAACUACACCUAAAGAAUAAGGGUCAGUUAUUGGAAUAACCAUGUCAAGUCGUCAACCUUUAUCCGGCCUGCACUACGACAAUUUGCGAGAGUCACUCUUACUUAAGGUCGCGGCUAAGGUGGUGUCAGUAUUCCGAGAAGCAACUGCGUCUAAAUACGAGGAUCGUGUAAACGUAGUGAUUAUACACCCUCUGGAUCAUGUUUUUAGAGGCUUCUGGGCCUGGAUAUAAGCGUUAAUGCAUGAAGUCGUAUAGGAAACAACCGUUUAUUGUAGUUCCUUUGGGUAAAGAACACCUUUGCUAAGAGUGUGGCUAAGAUUAUGCGAUCCGGGCCGCAACGACAUUAGUAUUGGGUAUUUAAAGUGAGCCGACUUACAAGCAUCAAGAGACUUGGCCUUUAAAUAUAAUUUGUUUAGGUAAGUCAUGUUUACCCAGCUUCCGCUGACGUGAAAUACAUUUGGCUAUUUGGUUAUAAUUGACCUUAGAGCUUAUGCUAACAUUGAAAUUGAACGAAGGGCUCUAUCCGGACGCGCGAAUAUCAGAACUUACAGAUUCACGUUGUACUAAGGAGGUCAAAAAGAGGCUUUACACAGCUACGUACAUGUGUAACUUGUAGAAAUAUAUGCAAGCUUCGUAUGGAACUUUUAGAGUACAAUGUUAUCAUAGUUUCAGAAAAUUGAUGGGACUUCCGCCGAAGUGCUGCAGUGCAUCAGGGUUGUUUGCAAUGGCAGGGCGUGGAUAGCUAUCACACCUUCAUGCGCAAUUGCAGGAUUUUUGGCCGCUCGUAUCACGGCUAGCCAACAGAUUUCUAAAAUGAUGGGAUGGGAUGAAAUGUCCAAAGGUGCUACAUUGUUACCAGCUACAUAAAUCAACAUUUAACAUUUUGUACGUAGCAGGUAGUACUGCAAUGUGAGUAUUCAUUAGAAAUUCAGUGUUUAUCUAACAUUUGUUAAGAAAAACUGCUCUCUAACUAUAUUUUGUGUGUGUAUAUUAAAACAUGAAAUAAAGAUUCUUUUUGAAAAAAAAAAGGUUACAUACAAUUUCCACCAACAUCAUAAAACGAUGAUGAUUUUCAUAAACAUUUUUAUAUUCUGAACACAUAUGAUUUCCUAAAGAGAAAACGUACGAAGACUCGUGCAGCCCGAUUCAAGUCGAUGAACUACGAGUAGUACUACAUCGAGACAAAGGGCGAUGCGGUGUUUGCAGACGAUUGUACGCAUGCGCACUGCAAACCUUAUCAGCUGAUUGCACUCCGCCCGACGAAUACAGAUUCAUCCAAAACUGUACUACAGUUAUUUAAAGGUUGUGAUUAUUUUAAUCAAGUGUAAAUACAGUUACACCAGUGUUUUAAUGUAUUUUUACUCAUACAUAAUUGUGUGUUCAAUUUGAAUCUCUAUAAAUCGGGAAAUUUAACACAAAAAUAUGAAGGCUGCUGCAAUGUCUGUCUGGGUUUUUAUUAACCUCCUCUUCUUCGGUAUGUGCGGUUAUUUGUAUUUAAUUUGGUCUCAAUAUUGGAUGUACAUUGAAAAGCAAAGAUUGUUUAACAAAAUCCCCGGAGGACCUCAGAAAACAAUGGCAUCUGGGCUCAACUAUCAAAGUCCUUACUCACCAGACAAAUAUCAAUCAAAAAUAUUCAAUUCGACUUUAAGAAUAGACUCCAUUAGGAAAAAUCGAAGAUCGGCUGUUGGCGGGUUAUGGAGUGGUGGUGUGUCGAUGCAAGCGUCUAACAAGACAUCAGGCUCGAAUAUUCAUCCGUCCAAUAACAUAGUGAGGAAGAGCCACGGCAGCCCUAGAUUUCCCAAUAUACACAAGCCGUUGCUGGAGUUUGACAGCGAUAAGUACUUUUGUGACGACUUCCUAUCCGCAGAUUGUGAAGAACGGACCGCCGAGUUUAAAGAACUGUUGUUGAAAGAAUUCCACAGAGUCCUGAUGGGCGAGAGUAAAGUUUUCAGGUCAGGGUUAGAAGCUCACAACACGUAUGAUGUUAGAUACGAUAGCAGUAACCGUAAGGAAGCUUCUAAAAAGGAGGUGAUGUGUAGUUUGAAAGCUGUGAAGGUGCGGACAGUGAGAGCUAGUGAUGAGCCAUUUGCUAGGCUUGGGUUCAAGAUUCCGAGAUUGGCGCUGCACCAGGGACGUCAUUACAACACCUGUGCGGUCGUGACUAGUGCCGGGGCCCUGCUCGGAUCACGACUGGGCGACUUUAUUGACUCUCACGACAUGGUAUUGAGAUUCAACAACGCACCCACGGAAAAUUACACGGAGGAUGUCGGCUCCAAGACUACUUUUCGAGUGCUCAAUUCCCAGGUGGUAGCUAAACCGGAAUUUAAAUUUUUGGAGAAUCCAUUAUUCCAAAAGGUGUCGAUUCUCAUCUGGGAUCCGGCAAACUAUUCUUCGACACUAGACGACUGGUACCAGCAUCCUGAUUAUCCGUUAUUCCCUGUUUAUAAGAAGUUACUUGAGCUGCGGAAAGACUCAGACGUCCAUUUAUUGAACCCCCAAGUUUUAUGGGCAUUGUGGGCGGUGCUACAGGACACGUCUCCUUACCGCCUCCGCAGAAACCCACCAUCAUCAGGAUUCAUUGGCCUAUGGUUCGCAUUGCAUCGCUGCUCACGCGUGCACAUGCUGGAGUACGUGCCGUCGACGCGCGCGACGCGCCGGUGCCACUACCACGCGGCUGGCGACGACGCGGGCUGCACGCUCGGCGCCUGGCACCCGCUCGCACACGAGAAGGCCCUCGCGGAGCGCAUGCGCGAUAACAGCGACAUCGACGUCUUCCAACGAGGAAUCAUCGAUGUACCCGGCUUUAAGACUAUCAGCUGUCCAUAACUUUAGAACUGUUAUCACUGCCUACUUGGUGCAAUUAUGAAUACUGCCGACAAUAAUGCUAUGAUGUGCUUUUAUUUUUAUUAAGUAUAGAAGGUAAGGUAAAUGUAUUUUUAGGGCAUGUGUCCUUCAAUAAAUCGUUAGUUGACUAGGUACCUAUAGUGGUACACAACAGCCGAUGGUAUUUGAAGAUAAUUUACUCAAAUCUGGAAAUAAUACUUAAUUAGAUUUACAAAAAGUGAUCAAAGUUUUUUUUUGCAUUUUCCUUGAUUUUAAAAUGAGCCAUACCUAUUUCAUUGUUAGAAUGUUAAAAGCUUUAAUCAUGAUUAUUAUAUUACGUCGCAUUAUCCUGCAUGGACAAACAAAAUCAAGAGAUUUUUAAUGAUGUUGACAUAAUAACAUUCUUGGCAUCACUCGAUAAUCACACCUAGCCAGACAUCCUAUUUAAUUAUGCCUGUAACGAAUUGCUUUGUGUUACAUUGUUAUUCAAUUGUAAGUCGGCUAAUACUGAUGAAUAAUUAAAUUAUAUACGUCGAUCUAAAUAAUGUAAGAUUUAUUGUUUAUUUUUUUUACCCACAAUUCCGCAAUGGGAAUUAUAUUGCCGGAUUGUGAAACAUAAAAAAGAGUUUUAAUAAAUCUUGCAUAACUUUAAGUAAAAUAAGGUACUAGGCCGUUGAAAUGGCCAAGCUUUUAUCAAACAACCUCAAAUUGCUAGCAUAAAUAUAAAAAUAAAAUAAGAAAAUUACAAAAUAAGAUGUCUUCCUUACAUUAGCUUUAAGCUGCUUUUAUUUAACUAAUUAGGUAUAUAUUUUAAGCUAACGAUUUGGACAAUAUGAUUAACAUCUGUACCUUUGAUACAUAAUUAAGCCACACUGCUGAAAGUAUUAUAAUUUUUCAGUGCCGCAGUCCAACCUGCGCUUAAGCUGACUGCCCUGGACAGGGACAGGGACAUAGCUUCUUCUAAAGUGAGAUCAUUUUCGAAGUGGACAAACGACGCCGUAAUGUGCGCUGUUUCGUAAUAAUGUAAGAGCGAUUUCCGAGUAAACUUAAGAAGGUAUGGUCCAGAGUAGUCAUAGAACCAUUUCUAUGGUAAUGAAGACAAUAGAUACGAUAUCUGUUAUCCGAGACGGUUUUGUCGGAGUCAUAUAUCAAUGGAGAUCGGUCGAUUCGUAUUAUCCAGAUUUUCGUAUCUUCGAAUCAGACUCCUAUUGGAUGUUGUGCGAAAGCUAGCAAUAGGCAACCUGAUCCAAAAAAGUCUUGUCAGACAUAAUAAAGGCUUUCAAUUUUACUUCCUUUGCCGAGUUGAUGAGUACGUUAUGUACGUAUGUAAAGUGACUCGUAAGAUGUCAGUGUUACUAUAAGAAUAUGUUUCCGGUAUAAGGAGCGCUUUUCCGGCCGUCGCAUGCGCAUGCCAGCGACGGUACUUGCAUACAGACUCUGUACCUGAGUGUAUUUAAAAAAUAGCAAUACUAGUAAUUAACAACUGUUUGAGUACAUUUUAUGUUAUGCUUGUUUAUUUAUUAAAUUAGUUGCUUAAUAGCGAAAAUAAAAUGUCUACGUCGAAAGAGUAGUUGAAUCUAGAAAAGAUGGAUUUUAAGUAAGAAUAAACUAUUUCAAGUAUGUUCUAGUUUUAAGUAUAUUUUGGACAGUAAGAUACAAAAGUAAGGAUUUGUUCUGCUUAUUUUAUAAGGUCUGCAUACCGAACUACGAAUAUGACAAUAUUGUUAUUUCUAAAUAAGUCACAUAGCUUUAUUGAAUACUUAAAUAUAACAUUUUUUAAACUGAA